UACAGAGAAUUAGAAGGGCAAGGCAUUGUUUGUAGUACAGUGGGCAAGGAGCUAUGCAUAACAGAAAAGAGCUUUGUAGAAAUUUUCAGCGAGGCAGGUGAUUCUUUUUCAUAUGGUAACCGAUUUCGUUUCUAUCUGUUUCAAUAUUUCAAUUGCGAAAAGUUGGCUGGGAUCUCUCUCUCUCAUUUGAAGCAAAUCAAACACAAAAGCGAAGAACGCAGUUCGGGCUGAUUAAUUAGCGCUGCCAAUAUGGAGAAAGGUGUAGAUUUCUUCACAUGCUAUCACAACAGCAAAAACAAACUGCCAAUCCUUAUGGAUUUGGGUCUCAUUCCAGUUCACACCAAAAACAAACUGCCAAUCCUUUUGGAUUUGGGUCCCUCUCCAGUUCACAGCAGCAGCAUAGGACCAAUCCUUUUGGAUUUGGUGUCCAGAACAGCUCCCAGCCAACAGGGGGUGUUAAUUCAGAGUUCAGACACCAGUUCAAGGUUCUUCCUCUUCCUAUUAUUGAUGAUGAUUUACUUGUUGAUCAGUCUUUUGAAAACAAAUGGACUCGGCCUUCUUCCUCGCCCCAGAAUAGUUCUUCGCGAAAAACUGAUGCCAAUUCUCAAACAGCGAACCAUAAGUGCACAGAUCCUGAAACUUGCAAACGUCAAAUUGUAGAAGAUUUUGAGCAAGAGAAACCACUUUGGAAGCUGACAUGCUAUGGUCAUUGUAAAGGUGCUCCUUGUGACAUUGUUGGUGAUAUUAGCUAUGAAGAAUUGCGGGCAGCUGCAUAUGAGGAUGCUACGCAUGGGAUGGCCUUACAAUCAAUUGUUGAGAAGGAGAGAAAUCUACUAAGUUCCAAGUUAAUGGAGUUUCAGAACCUUCUUCGUGAACCUUACAAAAUACAGCUGAAUUCUUCUCUUGCAAGUGAUAAGCAUCAAUCUCUUGGAACUGAUGUAAACCCAUUUUCAAGGACUUCAGAAAAUAAUAAUACUCUGUCUGUCUCUAGCUUUAGUCAAUUGGGAGCUUCUUUGAGCAUGGGUAAUGAAAGGCCUUCUGCGCUCCCAGUGGAUACUCUGGCUCAAACUAGCUCCUUUGGAACUAGAGGAAAUCCGUUGGCAUCCAAUGUGACAAACCAAACUGGUGGAGGCAUUGCAGGUGGCCAAAGUAACCUCUUUUCCACAUCAGCAGAAGUUGCAAAGUUUCCCAGUAUGACUACACAGCAAUCGUUUAUUGUAAGCAAUGGCCCUAGCUCUGGCCUAAUGUUUCCAGCAAGCACAGGUGUUCAGUUGUCAAGCAAGUCCAAAGAUGAGAAUGUCUCUGGAGAUGUCAGCAUUUGGUUAAAAGAGAAAUGGAUUCCUGGAGAGAUUCCGGAAGAAGCUCCUCCUGAUGCAUUUAUUGGGUAGGUAGUUCUGUUAUGAACUUGGUGUAAAGCAUAGAUUGUUGUGGUUGGGUGCACUUUUGUGCGGUUAGAUUCAUUCAGUGGUUGACGUGUAGGCUCCACUGAUUUAAAAGGCGAGCUCUAGUUUUCUGAAUCAUUCUUCUAUAUUUGUUAAAUAUUGUAAUAAAUAUAUUCAUAGGUUUACGUCAAAAGCAUAGGUUUGAGAUCAGGGGAUCAUUUGCACGGUAUCAAGGGGGUGGGUUUCUUUCCACUGGUUUUUCUCUCUUAUUAUUUCCGUUCAAAUUAAAUCUAUAUUUUUAAAAUUAUUAAAUCUAGACAA